GUGUGCUUGUUGAAAAACACUAUUAUGGUCCAUAUUCUCGCUAUUGGUGGCAACCUUUACCUAAUUCUGAGGAAAUUACAACUUAUUUUCCUAUUCGAGUAAAGCAAACAAUUAAAGCAACACUCAACAAUUGUGAAUUUAUUAUUAUAGUAGUUGUUGGUAAUAAAGACAAUAAUAUCUUUUUACUGGGUUAUAUGUGUCAAUGUAAUAAAAUUGUAGAAAUUGCAAAUGAUCCGACUAAUGCUAUUUCUGAAGUUUAUUCAAAAAUCUUUGCAACGAAAACUCGCUAUUCUGGUUCAUUAAUAAUGGGAUGGAAUGACGAAAAUAUA